GUAGUACGAUGCUUGGGACGUAACCGUCGUCACCUAUUGCACGCAAAACAAAAUUGGAUCGGCUUUAAGUUGGUUUUGUCUGGUCGGCCAUUCUAUUCCCGUGUGGGUGUGAUCCUCUACUGUCAUAUUCACACACCAGUACGAAUAUUAAUAUCAACUCGUUUGUUGUGAUUGUCGUUUUAUUUUAUAAAUUAAAUCGUGGAUUUGAAUUAAUAUUUGCUACUAAAAUAUAAGGACACUUUGAACGACAGGAUUAUUUGAUGGUGAGAUAAACAUGUGGAGUUUUUAAAAUAUUUAUCGAGUAGGAUAGUAGUUUGCUGUGUACAUAGUGUAUUAUAAUAUGUAAUGUAACGUAUAAUCGGUCGUUUGGCCCUGAAAAGAGCCGCUGGAAAAGCUGUUGACUGUCGUUGAGAACAGAAGAGGCGUUGCAGCAGCAGCAGCACCACCACCACCAUCAUCAAGCAUCAACGGAGCACCAGCAGUACAACGAAACGACCAAGAACAACGUUCAGAGCCUUCGUGGAGUAUCAGUAUGACAGAGAAAGAGAGAAGAGGAUAAUCGUAAAUUACUGACGUGACGUGAGAAGGAGAGAGAGAGGAGAGUUGGCACGCGCGCGCCUCCUUCGUCGUUUCAACGCACAUUGUUUAUAAAUCGGCGUAUGAGCGAAUGAGAAAAGAGAGAGAAAGAUAACAAGUACUAGUGUGCCGAGGGCCAAGAGUGCGGUGGCCAUGCAAGAAAGGGAUAAAUCGCCGACUGGCGGGCGGUGGCGGCCAUCUUCUAGAUGAGAGAACUUUUUCCCCUUUUCUUUGCCGAACAUUCAAAUUUGAAUUUAAAAUAAAAGGGAAAUACACAAAUUAAUUAACAAUCGUGUGUUAUCUUGUGUCGUCCAGUGUGUUGUCGGUCUAUCAGAAUCAAAACUACAUCCGUUAUUUGUGUGUCAACACACUCUAUGAGUGUGUAUUUUCCCAAAUAAUUUAUUCAUUUUAAAUUUUCUGUCGCUGUUACCUCUUUUAUUUUAAAUCUUACAGACAACUGGACUCUCACAGAAGCUUUUUAAUUUUUACGCGGUGGUAGCAAGUAAAUUCAAAAGGGAGAGUGAGAAAAAUAAUAAGAAGAAGGAGAAGAAGAAGAAGAAGAAUAAGGGAAAAUUUAGUCGAGGACUUUCAGAGGACGAGGAUGUCAAGACUUGUUUCCUUUUCUCCAUAUCAUUGGCUCAUCCGGUACACGUAUUUUUAAAAAAAUAACGUCGCUUUGCUUUCAUCGCCAGACAAAUUCUAUAAGAAAUAUUUCAUUGGUAUAUAUAUGUACAUGUAUACAUAUAUAUACUUUGAGUUUGUAACCUCAAAACUACGUGCUGAGAGUAGUCAGUCAGUUACGGAUUUCCCGAUCCUUCUUUACAUUUUUACGUGAUACUGAGUACGGAACAAAAGGAAACGAUUUUAAAAGUGAUGAUAAAUUUAAUUAACCGUGGUAAUUAUUAUUUGAACUUGGUGUUAUUAAGUGUUUGUUUUUAGUAUUUAUUGAGUGAGAAAAUUUUUUUAUCGUGUUAUUUUUAUUACGUUCAGUGUACAGUUGAUUCUUUGGUUAUCAACACAAUUGAGAGGCGUGUGUGGUGAAAAAAAAAAGUCCAAGUGAUCAAGUGAAAUUUACUUGCAGUAUUUGAUUAUUAAAUUUAUAUAUUUAAUAAAUAUAUAUACAAACAUCAUGAAUACCAUGUGCAUUGAGCUAUUCUCAGGUGCAUCAGUGAUGUAUUCAUUUGGGAAGGAAAAAUUCCUAACAGUGAUAUAAUAAUUAACAAAAUAAAAUAUUAUAAAUAAGUAAUAAGGAUUAAAUAAAAUACGAGUAAAAUAGUGCCAACAUUGCAGAUGGAUAAACAGGGAUGACUGACAAUUGUUGGAAUUCUGGUGGUGGCGCUGGCGUCAAGAUGGAGCACUUUCAGGCCACCCUGGACCCUAGGAAGCAGGAAUUACUGGAGGCCCGCUUUCUCGGCGCGAGGGGUGGUCGGAACAACGGGCCGAAUAAAAAUGCCGUCGACAUCGCGCAGUCGUCGUCGUUACCUAACGCCGUUAAGUGCGGCCAACCGACUACCCUGGGAAUAGACUGGACGAGGCGUGACAAUGCUCCACCCUCGCGAGAUCAACGGAAUUCAUCGUCCAGCGCAACGAACCAGGGCCAUAUCUCUCAGAUGUCUGCUGGAUCACAAAUUCAGAUGGCACCUCAAUCAACCGUAAACUCUGGUCAGUCAAUUCAUAGUCAAGACUCAAAUAUGAGUACUGGCUCAUCACAUAGUGAUAAAGAUGUGGAUCCAAAUACUCCUGAAAAGUUGCCUAGGACCACGUCCGAAAGAAAAAGAAAACGUAAAGCGGAUGAUGGAAGUAGUGGACCUGGUGGGCCAACUGGUGGGAAAGGUGCAAGGUCACUUUCGUCUUUGGAUAAUAAAAAAAUAAAUGAUUAUUUUCCAAAGCAUCAUUUAGGAAAUAGUCCAAUUAGGCAUGGAGGUGCUAAAAGUCCAUCGCCUCAACAAGGAUACCCUAUGUAUCCACCAUCAGCUCAACCUCUGGUAUCGCCGCAAGUGACGACACCAAACUCGUCGGUGGCGGAAUUUUCGUCGUUGAUGCAACCGCCUCGACCUCUUCCUCAACCACCACCACCACCUCCACCGUCGUCGACGCAACCUGCUGGCUCAAUGGUCAGCAAGCAGGUACAGGUAAGGCCCACCAACCUACCUAGGACAAGCCAGAUCAGGCAAGCGAAGACAAACACGCCAAAUACGGAGCUCACUUGCCAGAGGAUACAAGAAUUUGAAUCACAAGCAUCGUCUGACUUGGAGCUACGUAAUAAUAAAAUUGACGAAUUAAAUAGAACGACGGAGGAACUUAGGCAUCAAAUGGCAACUCAACAAAAAAUGCUUGAGCAGCACAAAUCACAUAUAAAUAAGUGUAUAGAUGUUGUAAAGAAGUUAUUAAAAGAAAAAUCAAAUAUAGAAAAAAAAGAAGCUAGACAAAAGUGUAUGCAAAAUAGACUGAGGCUUGGACAGUUUGUGACGCAAAGGGUAGGCGCUACCUUUCAAGAAAACUGGACGGACGGCUAUGCGUUUCAAGAGCUCGCACGACGGCAGGAAGAAAUAACGACUGAACGUGAGGAAAUUGAUAGACAAAAAAAGUUGUUAUUAAAAAAGAGGCCGUCGAAUAGUGAGACUGGUAGAAAACGAAGCCAACCACAGCCUUCAUUGCACAAUGGCACCGAAGCUACUUUUUUAAAGCCCGACGCGGUACCUGGAUCUUAUACCUGGCAAGAGUAUUAUGAAGCGGACGAAAUACUCAAAUUGAGACAGAGUGCGUUAAAAAAAGAAGACGCAGAUCUUCAAUUAGAAAUGGAAAAACUUGAAAGAGAGCGUAAUCUUCACAUCAGAGAGUUAAAACGUAUUCACAACGAGGACCAAUCCAGAUUUAAUUCUCAUCCAGUACUCAAUGAACGUUAUCUUUUAUUAAUGUUAUUGGGAAAAGGAGGUUUUAGUGAAGUACAUAAGGCGUUUGAUCUGAAAGAGCAGCGAUACGUGGCCUGUAAAGUACACCAAUUGAAUAAAGACUGGAAAGAAGAUAAAAAAGCUAAUUAUAUUAAACACGCGUUAAGAGAAUAUAAUAUUCACAAAGCUCUUGAUCAUCCACGAGUUGUCAAGCUCUAUGACGUCUUUGAAAUCGACGCAAAUUCAUUUUGUACUGUUUUGGAAUACUGUGAUGGCCAUGACCUAGACUUCUACUUAAAACAGCAUAAAAUGAUACCAGAAAGAGAAGCGAGGUCAAUAGUGAUGCAAGUUGUGUCUGCGUUAAAGUACCUUAAUGAAAUAAAGCCUCCAGUAAUACACUACGAUUUAAAACCCGGUAACAUUUUGUUGACGGAAGGUAACGUCUGUGGUGAAAUUAAAAUUACUGACUUUGGUUUAAGUAAAGUUAUGGAUGAAGAAAAUUAUAAUCCAGAUCAUGGAAUGGAUCUUACGUCGCAGGGGGCUGGAACUUAUUGGUAUUUACCGCCAGAGUGUUUUGUUGUUGGCAAAAAUCCGCCAAAAAUAUCGUCUAAAGUUGAUGUUUGGAGUGUAGGUGUUAUAUUUUACCAGUGCCUGUAUGGUAAAAAGCCAUUUGGACACAAUCAAUCACAAGCAACUAUUUUAGAAGAAAAUACAAUAUUAAAAGCGACGGAGGUACAAUUUGCCAAUAAACCGACGGUUAGCAACGAAGCGAAGAGUUUCAUAAGAAGCUGCUUGGCGUAUAGAAAAGAAGAACGAAUUGACGUGAUGAUGUUAGCACGACAUGAUUAUUUACAGCCCCCAGUGCCAAAGCAUGGUCGUCAGGCGAACAGCCAGCAGCAGCAGCAAGCUCAGCAACAGCAACACAUUCAACAAGCUCAACAGCAACAACAGCAAACGUCAUUCACGACUGGAAUGUUUAGUGGAAUGAAUGCAUCCAGCAGUUCGUAGUGUAUGAAUUUGUUUAUGCUGAUAAUAACAAACGGUUGGGAUUUAUGAUUAAAAAACAAAAACACAAACAAACAAAUAUAUAAAUAUAUAUAUAUAUAUAAAAAUAAACUAAAUAAUAAAAUAAGCAUGGACUUUUUAAAAAAGUAAUAAUAAUAAUAAUUAGUGAAUGCAGAUUAAAGUGAAGUUUAUGAUAAUGCAUCGAUUUAUUAAACUGAUAUAUGCCAAAUCUUAAGGACACUCAAUUUCACAUUCAUAUUUCAUCUUUAAUAAAAUAAAUAAAUAAUAAAAAAAGUAAUUAAAAAUAAAAGUUUUAAUUGUGGAAUUUAUGUCGAAAAAUAAUUGAAAUCGCGAUUAAUUCUUGUGUAAAUAUAUGAUGACAAGGGAUGAAGAUAAAUUAAUAAAGAUUUAAUUUAAAAAAAAAAAAUAAUAAUAAUUAUAAAAUAAAUAAAAAUCAAUACAGAUGUCACUGGAUCACCAAUCACUUCUACACCCACCGCCAUCGACAAGGCUAAAUCAUUUAAUUAAAAAAUCAAGAGUUUAACAAUAGUUGACUAAAUGCUGAAGAUCACUCGCUCAACCAAUGGAUAUUUUAAUUAAUAAAAUAAAAUACAGACAGACUAUUUAUUAAUGAACAUAAAAAAAAAAAAUAAAUUUAAUUUGAGUGACUGAAACAAUAAAAUGGGAGAAUGAGAGAGUGAGAGCUUGUGAAAUAUUUAAAAUGAAAAUGAAAAUGAAAAAAAAAAAAAACAUAAUAAAAUUGUCUGUCUUCUGCAGCUAAGUAAAAAAAAAAAAAAAAGAAAAAGAAAAAGAAAAAAAAAGCAAUCCAUUUAAUGUGGACACUAAAACACAUUUACACAAUUUUACAUUAUUAUACACUCACAUUACGUCAUUAUUUCAGCAUGACAACAAUUAAAAUGUUGUGUUCGUAAAUAUUUAAUUGUAAUAUCGUUCCUUGUAUCGAGAACAGUGGGGCUGACUGAAAAAAAAAUAAGAAAAUGGAAACAAAAAAAAAAAAAAACAAAAAAAGAAAAAGAAAAAAACAAAAAAAUACUAGUGUUUAAAUGAAAUAAAUAUAAAGUUGAAUUAAAAAAAAAAAUAAUAAAUAA